UCUCUUUUUCAUAAUGAGCAGCUUCCUCCUCUCACAGCGCAGUCUGACACAAUCUAAAGAUGUCUUGAGGAGUGCUCACACACCGUUGUUUCUCUGAUAUUACCGAGCAAACAGGGCCUCCGUCGUUAGUUAGAUGUGAGCCGCCGGUGAUGAUAGAUUAUUUCCAGAGAUGUAGCAGCGGCCUCACACCUCCGUUACUUGGAAACCGUCAGAAGUUUGCUGCGGAAAGUUUUUUCUCUCCGGAUGGAAGAAGAAGUUUUGAGACAAAGCGGGUGCCACGGGGCUGUUUCCCCUCCUGUUUUGUGAUGAUGGAGGAAGCCGUGCUCUGAGCGACACGAUGUCUUGGGGGGAGUUCAUCGAGCUCCGUGACCUGAGGACGGACAGAGAGCAGAUAGAGCUGACACAUGGGACACAAACGCCCUGCUUCCCUCCACGCCUGGAGAGAACCAACGCCCUGAGGAUCAGCCCGGGGAAGGUCCCAGACCUGCUGAGCAGGGUGGGCAUCAUCAGACUCCUGAGCAGCACCCAGGACCCCCAGCCUCUGGAGGAGAAGGGGGAGGGACACAACUUCCAGCCAUGUAGCCACGCUCAGCCCACGUGGUGCGACCUGUGUGGAGACUUCAUCUGGGGACUGUACAAGCAGAGCCUGCGGUGUGUCAAUUGUAGAUUCACGUGCCACUACCGCUGCCGUGCUCUGAUCCAGUUGGACUGCAGCUGGGACCGAGGCUCUGCAGCCGACCAAACAUGUGUUGUGGAGCACACCAUAGAAACGGACACAAAUGUGGAUGAACAAAUUGAUUGGGGAAAGCAGGAGCUGACAACUGCAGAUAUUCAGCAGAAGGUGAAGGAAUACAACGCUCAAAUCAACAGCAAUCUGUUCAUGAACGUGAACAAGGAUGGUUCCUAUACUGGCUUCAUCAAAGUGCAGUUCAAGUUGGCGCGUCCUGUGUCAGUUCCACCUCCAAAGAAAGGAGGUCACGAUGCUGCAGGGAGGAGGGCUAGCGGAGUGAAGCGCCGCACCUCUUUCUACCUUCCAAAGGAUGCGUCCAAGCACCUGCACAUAAGCUCUCGCACUUCUGCUCGUGAGGUCAUCGAGGCUUUGUUGAAAAAGUUUACCGUGGUGGACAAUCCUGGAAAGUUUGCUCUGUUUGAGCGCAGCGAGCGUCAUGACCAAGUUUAUGUUCGCAAGGUGUCUGACAAUGAGCACCCCCUCCGUCUGCGUCUGUGUGCUGGGCCCAAUGAGAAAGUCCUCAGCUUUGUUCUGAAGGAGAAUGAAACUGGAGAAGUCAAUUGGCAUGCCUUCUCAAUGCCUGAGCUGAAGAACUUCCUGCGCAUUCUGCAGCGUGAAGAGGAGGAGCACGUCAAGCAGAUAGUGCAGCGGUAUGCUCUGGCCCGCACCAAGAUGCGUGAGGCCCUGGCCGGCUCGACCCCUGGUUGAGACGACUCUGCAAUCGGGGUUGAACAUGCACCACUUGGCUGGACAAUCACCUGAAGAUGACAGUCAUCGCUGCAUCCAAAAUCCCAGAUAAUGCAACUCAAAACGCCUCUUGUGUGAACGAGAGAGUGAGACAGGGCGCAAGACAAUGAGAGAGAGAGAGCCGGCGCGAAUGUGCGUGUGAAGUGAUGCGAGAGAUGCGAAGUGCCUUACACCUGGAGAGUCUGAUGUGCCUGAGAGAAUGAGUUGAGAGAAGUGACGACUGGCGGAUGAGACAGUGGUCGUAUCCAGUAAUGUCUUUUGCCAAUGGGUGCCUUUUGAUUAUCCUGUUUACCUCAGCUGUGUCACUUUAACUUUAAAGAAAA